AUGAGGGGAUUGCAAAGGGUUUCUGACUUAAUUAACGAAACCGUAAAGUCUGAUUGGAGUAACAUAAAAUGUGUUACGUCGAAGGAAUGGGAGGACGAGUUUGAUGAGUAUUUGAAUAAGCUGAUAGAGGAUAAAAAGAGCCCUAAGUCACCUAAAGUUGGACCAAAGUCGAAAUCAGCAAAAGGCGUAAAUGUAGAUAACCUCGAUGAAUCGGCGCAAUUUAAACUGUGUUACGACCUGUUUAAUAUAAUGGAAGGCAUUUGGCUCGAAGGAAGGAAGCAUAUGAAUUCCAUAGAGCAGAUGAAGUUGGUGAAACCGUUGGAAUUGGACGAGCUGGUGGACUACGCAUUCAGGCUGAGGUCGACCACCUACAGUCCGCCGGAGAACGUGAACGUGGACGAUCCGACGAGGCACUACGACUUGUUCCCGCAAUACCACUUUCUAGGCGUUCCGAACACCAGCCAGAUGCACUCGUCGAGGCUGUUUGCGUUGUCCAAGAUGGAAAACCAGUGUUCGGCGCCAAUAGUGGAGUUUGAGGUCGUGUCCGACACGAUGAAGCAGAUGAGGCUGAGCUGCAGUACCCCGAACUCAGUGAUUCACUUCCAGACCUCGCGAGAGUCGAACAUACCGUGUCCCAGGACUGGCGUCUACCUGACGCACAGCACCGACCCUGCGGUUUACGACGCGAACAAGAGCUAUAAGUUUAAAAUAGACUGCAACCCGUUCACGGUGCACGCAUGGGCAACGUGCGAGGGCUUGAAGCAGUCGCCAGUGGUAAACAUCAAGUACGAGUCAAAUGCGAAGCCAGAGGCAGAGGAGAAAAGAGAUGAAUUUGGAUUAAUGUUAAGCAGGAAAAAGUAA